UUCAAAUAGAAACGUUUUUCUAUAGGGAAAAAGGAAGUUUUCUAGCCUUGAUCGAGUAUUGUAGACCAUCUUGCGCGUGAAGCAUUUUUUAUAGUCUGGUCACUCUAUGAUAGAUAAACUGAGAACAAAUUAAAGGGAAAUAAGAAGUUGGUAGGUUCCGUAUGGGAGAUGCAUGUGCAUGAGAUUAGUUAAAUUAAUUGCUUAGGAGUUAGGAGGACUGAUAGUUAAGAAUGGAGAGAACAUAGUAUAAAAAAGGAGAGGAAGGAGGGAGUGAGAAGUGAAUAUAGUUCGAUGUUUUGAUAUAUACUGAUAGUUAAAAUGGAGAUUAUAAGAGAGGGAUCAUCAUCAAACCAGCUGGUGUGUUUAUUGUUUGGUAUUGCUUCUGUUGUGUUGGUGCUGAGCUCAAACUAUGUUGAUGGGUUACGAGACUUAAAGGAGAGAGAUGGAAUUGAGAGUAGGUCUGUGAGUGGUACUACGUCUUCAAGGGUUUUGGACUCCAAGAACUUUUACACGAAUGUUUCGACCGUUGGGUUUGAAAAUGCCUUAGUUGGUGAAAAUAGCAAUGCAAACAAGAGUAGCAAAUGUGAGCCCAAAAACAGUGGUGGUGGUGGUGGAGGCGGAGGCAGAGGUAGCGGAAAUGGCUCAGACUGGCUGGGUGGUGGAGGAGGUGGCGGUGGUGGCGGUGGUGGUGGUGGUGGUGGCGGUGGUGGUGGUGGUGGUGGUGGCGGUGGAGGAGGAGGCGGUGGUGGUGGCGGCGGUGGAGGAGGAGGCGGCGGCGGUGGUGGUAGUAGUGGUGGUGGAGGUCGUGGCGGCAGUGGGGGAGGAGGAGGUUGGGUAGGAGUAGGCGGAAGUGAUGGGAAGGGCGGAGGAUGGGGCUUUGGAUGGGGAUGGGGAGGUGAUGGACACGGCGGAAACGGUGGUCGUUGUUGGUAUCCCGGCUGUGCUAAAAAAACAAAGGGAAGUCAUAGUUAAAUCAGACACACACUAGGGAGCUAUGAUAUGCCUUUUAGCCAUGCUUUUUCAUCACUACAUACACAAUAAUCCCACUGUUUUGUAACCCUUUUUUCUUUGUUUUGCACUUUUCAAUGGCUUAAGAACAACAGGACGAUUAAUUCCGUUGUUAAUUUCCUUUGUAUGUUAAGUUCUUCGAUUGAAAAACUAAAUAAUACUGUUUCCCGAUUGUUUGUUCUUACUU